CAGCAGCAGUGCGUACGGAGGCUCACGAGGUCCUGGUUCCUCCAGGAUUCCCUUGGAACAUUGGCGGGCAGAGCUCGGUUCUAAAUCAAGAGUUGAGAAUCCGAUGGCAUGGCUUUAAUUACCUUGCGGAGGAACCUGUGUCAUUUAUCUGAUUUUAGGAUACAUGGAGCUCUGGCUGCUCUGAAAACUCAACCUGUAAAUCAUGUUCACAAGGUAGUCAAGGAGCAUCUGUGCCCAUGGUUCUGCUCACUACAGCCUGGGCUUUUCAGGGUCAGGUUCCAUCAUGCCUAUUGUAAACAGUUCCAUUCGGAAAAUGGAAAUGACCUUCAUUCAGUUGGUGAGCCAGUGUUCUCUCAAGUACACGAUUGGGACAGUUUUGAACAAAAUCUCAAAAUGGCGGACGAACAGAUAUUUUACAGGAGACUGAACAACUUCACUACAUUGGAAGAAUUGCUAAGUUUCAUAAGCACGCUGCAAUCUUUGCCUGAUACUCUGGCAGCAGGAGCCUUACAAAGGAUUUGUGAAGUGGGGAAAAAAGAGGGUGAUCAGAGGCUGCCAAAGGAAAUAUUGGAGAAUCCCGUCUUUCAAGCUUUAUGUGUUCAGUUUGAACAGGAGCCCUCAAAUCUGUCCAACACUGGUUUGGUGACUGCUUUGCAAGCCCUUGCUCUGUUGCCUGUGGAUCCCCAAAGUAGCUUGUUACAGAAUCUGGUAGCAGAAUGCCAACGUCGUCUCGGAAGGGGUAGCCUGGAAGUCCACAGUCUCUGUGUUCUUGCCGAAAGUCUGCUUAAACUACAAGAUCCAGGUUGUAAGACACUAGACCUGAUUAUACAACAACUGCAAGGUGAAAAGCUGGAAGAAUUUACCCCCGAGGAUAUUGUGGCCCUUUAUAGAAUACUGCAGAUGUGUACUGAAAAAGUGGACCAACACCAGACAUUUCUAAAUAAGAUAAACAGCUUUUCUCUGUCGAUAGUUUCCAACCUGAGUCCUGAAUUGAUAAGCCAAAUGCUCACUGCCCUAGUGGUUCUCGAUCAAACUCAGGCACUUCCUCUGGUUAUAAAAUUGGGUAAAUACGCUGUAAGGCAUAUCCCUAAUUUCACCAAUGAAGAACUCGGGAAAGUCUUGGAUGCUUUCAUAUACUUUGGGCACCAUGACAGAUUUUUUAUAAAAGCCCUGGAGCAGCAUGUAGUGUCACUGUGUCUCACUUUGGACCCUGAGGUUGUCAGCAAAGUCAUGGGGUACUGCAGUAGAAAACAGAUCCUUUCAAAACCUAUCAUGGAUGUGGUGGCGGAAGCUUUUGUUUGCCAUUCAGAAAAAUUUUCACCUAGUCAGAUUUCUGAGUUGAUUGAACCAUUUGGAAAACUCAAUUAUUUGCCACCAAAUGCCUCUGCUUUAUUUAGAAAGCUAGAAGAUAUAUUAUUCACUCAUUUCAGUUCUUUUCCUCCCAAAACACUCUUGAAACUUCUCCAUUCAUGUUCACUUAUUGAAUGCCAUCCAGUCAACUUUAUGGCAAAAAUAUUCAGCCCUUAUUUUCUUCAACAGCUACAAGGUGAGGAAUCUCACUUGGACAGACUGAGCCUAGCACAACUGACCCAGCUUAUGUUAACCUCGCUCCUAGAGUGCCCUUUCUAUAAGGGUCCAAGACGUCUUCUUAAAUAUCAAGUGAAAUCAUUUCUUACUCCGUGCUGUUCCCUGGAGACACCUGUGGAUUUUCAGCUCUAUAAAUCUGUGAUGAUUGGACUAAUUGACCUUUUAGGAGCAAGACUGUACUUUGCUUCAAAAGUAUUAACACCCUACUAUUACACAAUAGAUGUUGAAAUUAAAUUAGAUGAAGAAGGAUUUGUAUUACCAUUUACAUUUGAUGAAGACGUACAUAAAAGAAUAGCGCUGUGUAUUGAUGGUCCAAAAAGAUUCUGCUUGAAUAGCAGACACUUACUGGGGAAGGAAGCUAUUAAACAGAGACACCUGCGCUUACUUGGUUAUCAAGUUGUUCAGAUACCCUAUUACGAGAUUGAAACUCUAAAAUCGAGAUUUGAAUUGGUGGAAUAUUUACAAAGGAAACUGUUUCCCCAAACCCCUGAUGUUCGUUGGUAACAAGAAGGAACACGGCCUUCAGAACUCACGCUGUGAAAGCGCUUGUGUUUUCAUGUGACUCAGUAUAAGAAGAAGAUGUGACCUGUGAAGCAGCUGCUUUUUAUGGACCUGGGACCUGGGAAGGGUCUGCAGUUUUCCUUAUACCAUGUUUGCAAUUAUUGACGAUGAAUUUAAAAUAAAUUUUUAUUUUUAUUUAAUAAUAGUAUCAUAUAUACUUUUAUACAAUA